CAAAUCCGCAAGACCACCGCUCUGUAGCACGUUGCCGCCAAAAACAGUAUCUGACAUUUCUUCUAGAAAUUCUGCUAACCAACUGUCUUAUCUAAUCUAAUCUACAACACAUCAUAUCGGCAGAACUCCUCGAUAUUCUCAAAGCCUGACAUCAUAUUACUCAGAAACGCCAUACUCUUCUGUUUUCGCGCAUUCAUUUUCCUCUUCAUAUGUUCCAACUCCAUAACCACUUAAUAAAAACUCCAAUUUCUUUCAUAAAACAAGAGAUCACAGAAAUGGCGAUCCGUACACCUGACUUGUUAAAACCAGUUCAAGCAGCUCACGAACUUGACCGCGAUGCUUUACUUCGCUACAUCUCUUCUAACGUCGCUGAUUUUCCUGUUUCUCCUUCGACCUUCGUCGUCAAACAGUUCGGGCAUGGACAAUCAAACCCUACGUUUCUGUUGGAAGCUGGUAAUGAGGUCACUGUUAAACGAUACGUUUUGAGGAAGAAGCCACCUGGAAAAUUGCUUCAGUCUGCUCAUGCUGUGGACAGAGAGUAUAUGGUUCUGCGAGCGCUGGGCGAGCACACAGAUGUUCCAGUUCCAAAAGUGUACUGUUUGUGUACAGAUGCAAGUGUAAUUGGAACUGCAUUUUACAUUAUGGAGUAUUUGGAAGGACGCAUUUUUAUUGAUCCUACGUUACCGGGAGUAGCACCUCUGAGGAGAAGAGCAAUAUAUCUUGAAACGGCAAGAGUACUGGCUGCUCUUCAUACAGCUGAUGUAGAUGCCAUUGGUUUAGGGAAAUAUGGACGCCGAGAUAACUAUUGUAAACGCCAGGUGGAGAGAUGGGCCAAACAAUACAUUGAAUCAACUGGCGAGGGUAAAUCUCCUAGAUAUCCCAAGAUGUUGGAUCUCAUUCAUUGGUUGCAGCAAAAUAUUCCUCCUGAAGAUUCUUUGGGAGCAUCAGCAGGAAUAGUUCAUGGAGACUUUCGCAUUGAUAAUGUUGUAUUUCAUCCCACUGAGGAUCGGGUGAUCGGUAUUCUUGACUGGGAAUUAUCUACUCUUGGAAACCAAAUGUGUGAUGUUGCUUACAGCUGUAUGGCUUACCUUGUGGAUAUUAACCUUGACAAUCCACAAAUAUGUAAAGGGUUUGAACUUACUGGAAUUCCGGAAGGAAUUCCUUCACAAGCAGAAUAUCUGGCAGAAUACUGCUCUGCAUCAGGAAAACCGUGGCCUGCCAGGGAAUGGAAGUUCUAUGUUGCCUUUGGUAUGUUCCGCGGGGCAUCUAUCUAUGCUGGGGUGCAUAGUCGGUGGAUUAUGGGUAAUGCUACAGGAGGUGAGCGUGCUCGAAAUGCGGGAAAUCAAGCUAAUGGCCUGAUAGACUUCGCAUGGGAUUUUAUCUCAAAAAAAUCAGUCCUUCCAGAUCAGCCACCGUCUGCUCCAACUGGACGGGGUUAUAUAACACAAUUUGGCCGGGAUAAUGAAGUUCAGAGACUUUCAGAAGAAGGCGGGAGGUUUGUUCCGAGCAAAAGGGUGCUGGAGUUGAGGAAAAAAUUGAUCAAGUUUAUGGAAGAUCACAUUUAUCCUUUGGAAAAUGAGUUCUACAAGCUUGCUCAGUCCUCGUCACGUUGGACAGUGCAUCCAGAAGAGGAGAGGUUGAAGGCACUGGCAAAGCAAGAAGGACUUUGGAACUUGUGGAUACCUCUAGAUAGUGCUGAAAGAGCUAGAAAACUUAUCUUUAAUGGAAAUAAUUCUGCUGUCUCCAGCAAUACACAUGAUCAAUUACUUGGUGCGGGCCUCUCAAACCUUGAAUAUGGAUACCUUUGUGAGAUCAUGGGCCGUUCUGUUUGGGCUCCACAGGUGUUCAACUGCGGUGCACCUGACACGGGAAAUAUGGAGGUACUGCUGCGAUAUGGGAACAAAGAACAACUACUGGAAUGGCUCAUUCCACUGCUUGAAGGAAAGAUCCGUUCUGGAUUUGCAAUGACAGAACCGCAGGUUGCAUCAUCUGAUGCUACGAAUAUUGAGUGUUCUAUCAGAAGGAAAGGUGAUUCAUAUAUCAUUAAUGGGAAGAAGUGGUGGACAAGUGGCGCCAUGGAUCCAAGGUGUAGAGUCCUUAUAGUUAUGGGAAAAACUGAUUUCAAUGCUGCCCAACAUAAGCAGCAAUCCAUGAUCUUAGUGGAUAUCCAGACUCCAGGUGUACAGAUAAGGAGACCACUAAUGGUUUUUGGUUUUGAUGAUGCACCUCAUGGUCAUGCUGAAAUUUCAUUUGAAAAUGUGUGUGUGCCUGCAAAGAAUAUCCUACUGGGAGAAGGGCGUGGGUUUGAGAUUGCCCAGGGUAGACUGGGUCCUGGAAGAUUGCACCACUGCAUGAGAUUGAUUGGUGCUGCUGAGCGUGGAAUGCAAUUGAUGGUUCAAAGGGCUCUCAGUAGAAGAGUGUUCGGAAAAUUGAUUGCUGAGCAUGGAUCAUUUCGUUCAGAUAUUGCGAAGUGCCGAGUAGAAGUGGAAGAAACCAGACUGUUGAUUUUGGAGGCUGCGGACCAGCUUGAUAGGCUUGGGAACAAAAAGGCUCGGGGAACUAUUGCAAUGGCCAAGGUAGCAGCUCCAAACAUGGCAUUGAAGGUUCUUGACAUGGCAAUGCAAGUGCAUGGGGCAGCAGGCCUGUCAUCGGAUACCGUUUUGGCACAUCUUUGGGCUACAGCAAGAACAUUGAGAAUUGCAGAUGGCCCUGAUGAAGUCCACUUGGGUACCAUUGCCAAGUUAGAGUUACAGAGAGCUAAGCUCUGAAAGCAUGCGAGUAGAACUUGCCUCGUCUGGGAUCUGAAAUCUCGGCUGCCGUCACCCUGCAGCAAGCAUUAGCAGGAAAACGUAAGCGAGUUUAUUUACCUUUAGAAGUUGAAGGAAGAGAGUGGUAAAAAUAAAACAAUCGAAAAAGGGGAGAAAUAAUUAACUUUUUUUUUUCUAAAAAAUAAAAGAAAAAAGACAUGAGAGAGUAUAAUUAUGGAUUUUUAUAAAUGACAAAUAAAAUUCGCAUGAUUAACAACACAUGUCAAUGCCAAUGGCAGAAUACCACUACUGUUCUGAGAUGAGUCUCGGAAUCCAUUAUUUUA